AUGGCUGGAAAAAAUAAAGGCAGAGAUCUGGUAGUCCCAGAACUUGGCGAAGACGCAGCUCAGCGUAAGCGAGUACUGAAUAUUCUAGCUCAAAGGAGAUACCGACAAAGAAAGAAGGAGCGUCUGAGAUUGUUAGAGUCUCAGUUAAAAGCCGACGGUGAAAAUCCUGCACUAAGUGGUUCCGAGCCAUCAACGUCUCUGACCCAGAGAAAGUCUGACCGGUCCCAAGUGUUGGUUUCCGAUCUUAAUGAGUCUGAUAUUGGUCCAGCUCACGAUGUCACCGCAACGGAAUCUGCUAUAUCUCAGGGACAUAGUAGCAUCGGAGGCGAAGACGCGCAGCCUGUUAUCUCUUCUGAACAAUUCGAUGUCUCUUUUUUGUCACCUUUCCAGCCGUACUCUGAGUCAGUUAACGACCCUUUCGCCUUACCUACAUUUGAUACAUGGUCAGGAGUGGACAUAUUCACUCUCGGGAAUGGGGUAGGUAGUCAUUCUCGCAUGUGUGAUGAUACUACCUUCCCCUGCGACGUGGACAUCUCCAGCGAGCUUCAAACGUCUGAAGCUGCAACGUUCACAUUUCCUGAUGAUCGCCUCUUAGAGGUCCCGUCCCUUGUCCUUCUCAAAGCAGCUCUACAAAUAGCGCAACGAUUAAACAUUGCGGAUCUCAUAUGGGAUCUAGGCGCAAAUAGCCCGUUUUACCAGGGCCACACAUUUCCGGAUUCUGCAACCUCGUCACCUUCAUCGCAUGCUCCCUCACUGCAAACUCCGUCCCUGACAAUAAAUACCGACUCGUCAUCUGCUAUACUUCCAGCCCACCUUCGUCCAACCACUACUCAGAUCCUCAUUCCACAUCACCCCAUUUUAGACCUGCUUCCCUGGCCAAGCACAAGAGACAAAUUAAUUCGAGUAUUCAACCUUCCACCCCACUUACGGCCGAAAAGUGCACAAAGCCCCAUGGGCCUUGUUCAGUUGGUGCAAGAUAUGGAAGAUGAUAGCGGUGAGGGUGUCCGACCGGAUAGCUGCGACCCCUUUGAGACAUGUGGGUGGGAGAUUGGUCAGCUCAUGUUUGAAAAAUGGUGGUGGGCAUUCGAAACGGAAGUAGUAGUCCGAAGUAAUCAAGCUAGGAAGAAGAGAGGCAAGAAGGCUUUGACUAUGCAAGGCUCUGAGCUCUGA